UGAGGCGGGCGAAGUUUCUCCGCGGCGCCGGGCCCCUCCGAGGGACUGCGGGCAGGGAAAAACCUGGCCCCGCGGUGCUGGGGGAGCUGACACCGCCGCCGCCAGCAGAGCAGCCCGGCUUUGGCCAUGAAGAGGAAACAGAAGAGGUUUCUGCAAAUGACGCUGCUCUUCACCGCGGCUCUGAUUUUCCUGCCUGACAUCGGCCUCUGGUCUCUCUACAAGGAGAAGCACCUGGUGAAGCCGCCCGAAGCCGCCGAGCCGCAGACACUUCCUUUGGGGCUGGGAGAUGGACAGCUCUUUACCUGGACUGAUGGCCUGAAAAGGAAGGACUGGCAUGAUUAUGAAAGCAUUCAAAAAGAUGCUAUGCGUUCAGGGAAAGGUGAACAUGGGAAACCGUACCCUCUUACAGAGGAAGACCAUGAUGAUUCUGCUUAUAGGGAAAAUGGCUUCAACAUAUUUGUUAGCAACAACAUAGCACUGGAACGAUCCCUGCCAGACAUCCGACAUCCUAACUGUAAGCACAAGGUGUAUUUGGAAACACUACCGAACACUAGCAUCAUCAUCCCGUUUCAUAACGAAGGCUGGACUUCGCUCUUGCGCACGAUCCACAGCAUCAUAAACCGCACCCCAGACAGCCUGAUCGCAGAGAUCAUUCUGGUGGAUGACUUCAGUGACAGAGAACAUUUAAAAGAGAAGCUGGAGGAAUACAUGGUCCGUUUUGCCAAGGUGAGGAUUGUGCGUACCAAGAAACGAGAAGGGCUCAUUCGGACCAGGCUGCUUGGAGCCUCGCUGGCUAGAGGAGAAGUCUUGACAUUUCUGGAUUCCCACUGCGAAGUCAACGUGAAUUGGCUACCACCCUUGCUCAACCAGAUUGCACUUAACCACAAAACCAUCGUGUGUCCUAUGAUCGAUGUCAUUGACCACAAUCACUUUGGCUACGAGGCACAGGCGGGGGAUGCCAUGCGAGGAGCUUUUGACUGGGAAAUGUACUACAAAAGAAUACCGAUUCCUCCAGAGCUCCAGAGAGCUGAUCCCAGCGACCCCUUUGAGUCUCCUGUAAUGGCUGGAGGUCUAUUUGCCGUUAACCGGAAAUGGUUUUGGGAGCUGGGAGGCUAUGAUCCAGGAUUAGAAAUAUGGGGAGGAGAACAGUAUGAAAUCUCCUUUAAGGUAUGGAUGUGUGGAGGUGGCAUGUAUGAUGUUCCAUGCUCUCGAGUUGGGCAUAUCUACAGAAAAUAUGUCCCGUAUAAAGUCCCUUCUGGAACCAGCCUGGCACGGAACCUGAAGCGAGUGGCUGAGACGUGGAUGGAUGAGUUUGCAGAGUACAUUUACCAGCGACGGCCUGAGUACAGACAUCUCUCAACUGGUGACAUCUCUGCCCAGAAGGAGCUGCGCAAGCACCUUAAGUGUAAAGAUUUCAAGUGGUUCAUGGCUGCAGUGGCUUGGGAUGUCCCCAAAUAUUACCCUCCUGUUGAGCCUCCACCUGCUGCCUGGGGGGAGAUUCGAAACGUGGCAGCCAACCUCUGUGUGGACAGCAAACACGGAGCCACAGGGACUGAGCUGAGGCUGGACAUCUGUGUGAAGGAUGGCUCAGAAAGAACAUGGUCACAUGAACAGCUCUUCACCUUUGGUUGGAGAGAAGACAUCCGCCCUGGGGAGCCACUACACACCAGGAAGUUCUGCUUCGAUGCCAUCUCACACAGCAGCCCUGUCACACUGUAUGACUGUCAUGGGAUGAAGGGAAACCAGCACUGGAGCUAUAGGAAGGACAAAACUUUGUUCCAUCCGGUAAGCAGCAGCUGCAUAGAUUGCAACCCAGCUGAGAAGAAGAUUUUCAUGAACAGAUGUGAUCCUUUAUCUGAAACUCAACAGUGGAUUUUUGAACAUAUUAAUAUGACUGUUUUAGAGAAAUUUAACAGCAAGGCCAGUUCCUAGAAGGAAAACAAAAGAAAAAAUGAACACACCUAUUUACAUACAGACUGCAGACUACAUUUUUGCCAGCAUCUGGGUCAAAGGAGUCAGGAAUUAUAUUUCCUAGAUCCAGGAAAUCUGUUCUGAGGAUUAAGAAAAUGCCACAGCAAGAGCCAGCAGGCUGUCCUUGUGGAUAUACAGUAUCUGGAGAACUUGGCCAAGAGCCUCACCGGAUGCUGCUGAGAACUUCAGGCUGAAAAUUCCCUUGCUGGUCAAGGGAAAAACUUUGUUUAAAAACUGUUUAAAAGUACUUCAAGUUAAUAAAGUAAAACAAAACUCUAGAGUUUCUCAGGUCAAAUCCUGCUGUAGUGAAUAGCUCAGAACAGAUGCUAUGAUUUGGGAUGGGUUUAUGGUGUGCAUGACGCCUACAGGAACCUGAAGAAAUCCCAGGUUUUAGAAUUAAACAUGCUGGUAGAAGAAUAAUGAUGUCCCAGCACUCCCUAGACAAGAUAUGUGCUCUGUUGAUAUUCUCUUAAUAAAAGGUUGGGUUAAGCAGGUUUAACCCUCAGAACUGCUGCAAUUAAUUUUAAAUACCUCCCUUUUACAUUCCAUUCAUUACCAAAAUAGGAAUGGUAGAAAUCUUAGGGUCUAGAAUUACACUGUAGUGAAGCAUGAAAUAAACUGUAUGGUUUUGCCCUCACAUUUUCCCCCUUCAGGAAAAAUAAAGCAAAGCAAUCAAAUUUCUAUAUAUGAUAUAUUUAGCAAUUGUGAUUCAAAUCCCAUUGUCACACAGGGUGAGACUUUUUUUAGUGACAAAUAUAACAGCAGCAGCUGCAGCAUAAUGGAAGGCUUGUGGACUAUCUGUCUUUUUUAAAGGUAGAAUCUUUACCAACGUAUAAAUUAAAUUGAAAAUAGGCUGGGGAAAAAAAUCAGGAGGAAAGUGGGAAAUAAUUGCAUAGUGCAUGCUAAACCAGGAUAGUCAAAUUAAUACUGGUAUGCUGCCAUCAUCUAAAAGCAUGUUGACUCCCUGCAGUGCAGUUUAAAAGAUCUUGCAGCGCUCUUGACACAGAGGAGUGGAAAGAAAAAUUGACAGGAAAUCAGUUAGGUGGUUACAGAGUUUUUGAAAUCUGUGAUGGAAAUCAUGUUAACUUUCAAGAGUGAGCAAGUGAAUGGUAUUGUUGAAGUCAUGAGGGACGAAACAAGAAGUGCAAGCAAGUCACACAUUACAACAUUUUGGUACUUUAGGCAUAGGCACCAUUCAGGUUAACACAGACUUCCAUCACACUGAUGAUCAUGAUGGGUCCCUCAUACCUAUCAAGCUGUUGGAGAGGGAAGCCUCUAAAACAUUUUGGGGAGGGUGUCUGUGGUUCUUCUCAGUUCACAGUGAUGUGUGGAACGUGGCUGAUAACGUUGAGAUUGUGCAAGGUAAGAGUGAGUAUAAAUUUAUAUCAAGUAAAUAUGUGGCUUUCGCUUGAAAGACAAAUUUUGAGAUGAAAGCACCAUAAAUGCAGAUAGAUCACAUCCUCUGUGCUGUAACUCCUUUCAGGUUCCAAAAAUAGCAUUUGUAAUUAAGUUGCUUAUUUUGAAUGCUGGUGAGGUGGCUGACUAACCGAAAUACUGAUGUGCAAUCUACCCUGUUUUAAGGGAGUGGAGUGACUGUGUUUUGUUUAUUUCUCCUUAAGUUCUGUUUAUGCACAAAGAGCAUUGAUUGCAUCCAGUUCCAGUACCAGUACCAGUAUCAGUACCAGUACCAGUACCAGUGUGCUGUUUUAUGGCAGUAUCUUGUAGUUGCAGGUCAUACAAAAGUUUAAGGAGGGAAAUGAAGUCCUAGAGCAUUCAAGAUGCAUGCACUUGGGAAAUUGUGAAAUUUCCAAUAUAUUGAGCAAUUGCUGCAAGUUAUUGAAGCGAUCUUUCAAAUAAUUUAAAGGGAGGUGUCCAUAGAGUUGUCAUCUUAUGAUUUUAAAAUAAGUGAGUUUGUUUAGGUAUUAUUUAAAUUGAAUUUGAAGAUAUGGUGUGCUCAGGAACAGAAGAAAUAAGGUUUCAGUAUGAGGAUGCUUCAGGUUUGUUUAGCUGUCAGUACACAGAACCAGCCUAGCCUUUGCAAACUGUCCAUUUUCCCAGAUGGGGUGCUCACAGCAUCAUUAUUUGCAGCCUGAUCAUGAGGAAAGAGGGUUUGGGAAAAGAAGAAAAUGGCUGCCUCAAGUAUAAAUGCAGCCUUCAAGCUGCUGAUUGUAACUGGCCCCAAACUGUCAGUCUUGGAAGCAACACUGUAUGCCCAAAAUAGAGAGGCAAAGGAGGAUUGCUAAACCAGAAUAUAUUGGUAGGGUUAUAUUGUUCAGUGUCUGACUGCAUCUCAAUGGUCUGAUUUAGGGAUGUCUGAUGGGAGUUAGGCUGCUCUUGGGGCAAAGAAAUUCUAUACCUUUUACAGCCCUUGUUGAGUCAUAUUGCACAAUGCCUUACACUGCCAAAGGAAGCCUUCCACUUACUUGUAGCUGAUCAGAAACUGUAAAUUCUAGCAGUUCUUGUCAGAAAGCAAUCCAUGUGACUGCUAGUCAGAUGUUGUGGGCAAAGAGAACAGUCCUUGCACAGGACUCCUUCAGCAAAAGUUUUAUUAAUAAUAAAUGAUCAUCACUACCUUUCACUUCAAGUCUGUCUUGGGUGUUCUUCAAAGGUUUCCAGUGAUAAGAGUAUUUCAUUACUAUUUUACCAUUCAGAAUUUCUUUAAUUCUUCCUGCAACCUUAUCUUUUCCAGCCAAUAAACUUCUGAACAGUUUGAUAGGUUAGGGACAUGUAUCUUCCUCUCACAUUUCUCCAGGAGCAUUUAACUCUAACACGUUUCUUCAAAAGACUAUGAAAUUUCUUCACAGAAUUUUUUUUAAAAUACCAGGUAGUAUGAACAUAUUUUAAAUGUAGUUGAUGGGUGGAAUUAAGUAAUGUGGGCUCAUCAUUUCAGUGGAGCUAUACUGAUUUCCCCAACUAAUGACUUGCUUCAGUUUUUUUCAAUUGAUUAUUUUAUGGCUUUAAUCAAGAUGUCUGAAAAGAAAAUCUUUGUAUCUUUCAGAGUUCAUCUACUCUAAAUGUUUUCCAUUUAAGGUUAGAUGACCAUUUGACCAUUUUUUCUGUGGCCAGCAAACUACUACAACCAGAGAGAGCAACUGGAAAAACUGAAAUAAACUCCAAGUUCAACUAAAACUCUAAAAUAACAUGCUUUUUUCCUGCAUCUAUUCCAGAAUCUAAACUAAACAGAGGCCUUGGGGCACAGGGCUCAAAGGAGAGAGGAGGAGCUGGGAAACAAAGCGUUUCAUGUGUGGGAGAGCAGCCUUGUUGCAGAGAAAUGACAAGGCUUCACUUUUCAUUGGCCAAAGUCGUAUUUCAGAAAAAUGAGAUUGCUUUAGAACAAAUAUUUCUGCACAGUAUGGAUAUUUUAAUAAUAUAAUGUAUUAUUCCUGAGUACAAUCUGUUUAUGAAUAAAUGGUCUCUAGCUGCUGAACUAAGUCUGCCUAAUGAUAAAGAUAGACUAAGCUUGAAAGGAAGCUGACAAGCACUUAACAACCUUUGAUUACUGGCAAUUUACCAGGCAUCAAUGUCUCCAGUGACCUUAGUGAAAUCUUAUGCCACAUAGAAGAAACGUGUAUAAAUAGCUUGACCAAAUUGAUUAGAUAGGUGGCACUUCUGCAGGAGUGGAUGUUACCUUUGUUUAAAAAAAAAGUCAUAAUCACAAUUAAUUUGCAUUUUUUCUGAGAACUUCUGCAAGGGACUUAGUGAGGGAGACCCUUUUAGCCUACCUGGAUGGAUUAGAGAUGGAUCAUUUUAGGAAGGCAGUACUGGCAAGCUUUCAGUGUGGCUGACACCAGGGGUGCAUCAAUUUGCUAUUUAAAGAGCAUCUGUGAUGCUGAUAACCCAUUUCAAGAGAACACAGCACGUAUGUUAAAAGAAAGGAAUAUGAUAAUGGUUUUAUUUUUCUUUUUUAAUCCAUCAAGGUUGUUAGGGAAAUAAUUUCAAAGCCCUUAAAAACAACACAAGCUGACCAGAAGUAGUGUUUUUAUAGCUAGUACUAGUAUUAUAAUGUUCAUUUAUUCCUUUGUUUAACCCACUCCCAAAUAUGUUCCAUAUUCUCUUAAAAAGAGCACAAGGGUCCAAGAGUGUUUUUAUAUAACAUUUUCAGGAUCUUGCCCUGUCUGAAAGUUUUGGAAAGCCUUUAAAAAAUUAGGAAACUUACAAGAGAAGGUAACAUAAAAACCCAAAGGAAAAUACCUAUUAUGUCUAGAGUACUGAGACUUUGCUAAAGGUUUCCUAAGAUAGCAUCUUUUGACUGGAAAAUUUUAGAUGAAUAAGUAAUAGAGUAAUUAAAGCUUUAGUGUGUAGUGCUUUCUAUUUAAGAUUUUUAAUUUAAAAAAAAUGUAGUGAAUUUGUGUGAUUAACUGCUGACAGGUUGUUUGGGUUUUUUUAACCACAUAUAGUACAUAAAUCUGUUCUUAGGUCUCCUGAAAUAUUCCUCUCCUCAUAUUUCCUUGUUAUAAUUCUGAAUGCACUGGAUUUAAGGAAAUCCAAACAUAUGAAAAAAUGUCUGAAAGGCAAGAAACAUAUGUAAAAACAAAUAAUGAGAAAGUUUAGCUAGAGAAAUUCAGAGAAAUGCAUCACAUUUCCAAAGCUUCAGCAGCAUUCAGAAAAUAUAUUUCCUCUUUGGUUUUCUCUUCUUUCCAUCUAUCAUUAAUAUCAGUGGGGCAGGACUUCUGAAACUGGUGUUACUAGCAUUUGGACAGUACAGUGCCAGAGGAGAAAAGAAUCUAGAAAGAGCUUCUGAAAAAAUUGCAUUCAAACAUUGCAAUCUGGUAUGGCUUAAGAUUCUCUUUGUUUCUUAGGCUUCUGUUAUCUCAGUAUUUUUUUCUUUUCCACUGAACCUGGCAAUGCAUUAGGUGCUUCAGUGGGCCUUAUGAAAACAAUGCAGGCAACAGAGGAGCAAAGAGGACAUGGGUUAAAACAAUAAUAAUUGGUGGCUAUCUAAAGGUGUGUUUACCACAGCACUGUAGGUUAAUUAUACAUAAAGAGGAGUUUGUAUAUUUUGUGCAGCCACUUCGGUGGGUGCUUCAGGGAAUAGAUGAAUGAGAAGGAGCCUUGCAAAGUGGGCCAGCAGAAAAGCCUGUACUCAGUAAAAGAUGUAGAAAAACUCAGAAUGAUGCAUUUUAUAGAAGCAGAUGGGUAAGACGAGAGAUAGAUAUCACGGACGGUGUACAGAAUAACGGAAUGUGAGGGGAGUUGCAGUGAGGCAAGUCUGGUGAGUGGUACUAUCUUAAAGAUAUUAAGACGUAGGAAAGGAAAAUUUGGUCCUCAUUAACCUUAGUCCUCAUUAAUCUUAUCAGGAUCCCUAACACUGUCAAAGUAUUAGUUGAUUUAAUUAAGUUAAUCCUUGAUCUACCCACUAAAUUACUCAGCCUGGAAGGAACCACAGCCCAAGCAAAUUUCUGCUGAUCACUCUGAAGCAUCUAAUUGGCAAACCUUUCCACUAGGCACAGUUUAGUAAAAAACCCCAACUGGAACCAGAACUAAAACAAUCAGCCCAAAAGAUCUGUAGGCCUCUGGCAUCCCUCUGUGAAAAAAAAAAGACUAGCCUAAAGGAGUGAUUGAUGGUAAUGAUCCUAGAUUAAGAAGAUCAAGAAUUGUGAGCUUUCAAGGAGGUGAAAGGCCAAAUGGUGAGAUUAGGAGUUGGCAGUUUAAUUGAGAGAGGAAGGAGGAAAUAGGUGGUAAAAGGGAAAACAUUGGAAUUGGGUUUAAUUCCGUAUAUGAAAGAAGUAUGACCUACAAGGGCCAGCCUCUGAUAAUUUUGGAUACCUCUUCAUAGCAGGGCUUGCAUGUUUAUUUCCAUCACAAAUAUUCAGGAACUGGAAGGCAAUCAAGCCCUUUUGCAAGGACUUAAAUUUAGAAUAAGGAGAAUGGCCUAAUCUGAAAUAUAUUGAUUGUGCAAAACAUGGGCCCUUGAGUUUGUUCUGCGUUUUCCACCAAAGGUGUAUGUGUUCCUGAGGAUACUUUUUAGAUAGUAUGUAGAAGCAGAACAUUAUGGUCCACUUUUUAACCUCAGUUUAAGAUUUCUCUCUAUCUCAAGCUUUUUUGAAAGAAGAAAGGUGUUUAGCUAAAUUUUCCUAGGCAAUGUCAACUUGGAUCAAUGUGAAGUAGCUCUGCUUACUCCCUUUACUGAUCAAGAUAACAAGUGUUUCUCUUUGGACAUCACAUACAGCUCUGAAAAAAAAAAGAAAAAAAAAAGCCCCUUUUUUUU